AUGAAGAUUUCUACUUCGAUUCUUCGGUAUGCAUGCCUAACGAGAGAAUCUACAUUCAAUGAAUAUAGUAUUAGUCGAAUAUAUAAUACGACGAUUUAUCCUAAUAAUCUACCGGUUCUUGCGAAUGGGUCGACGGCUACGCCGGAGGGGUUGUUUAGUGUGAAUGCAACAGGUCGUAUUUCCCCCCUGGGAAACUUCACCGGUUUCGAUGAUUCCACCGAAUACUUCUUUGCUCUUUCUCCUAUCCCCGGUCAAACUGGUCCUGGGAUAUUGCAACCAAAUUACAACGCAUUUACAUCCUACGAACUGCAUGCCUUCACCUCCGGCUGUCCAGAAGUAGCAAGUACAAUCGCCUAUCUCAAUACAACGAUUGUGAAUCCUGGUUCUCCUUCUCAUGGCAAAUAUGUUACGAAGAUUAAAGAGAUUGCUUUUUGGCGAUUUGAUGACACCGGAGCAGUCCUCUACUACGACGCCCAAAUCCCCAAUCUCUCCCUCUGGUUUGCAAAAUUCACCGGGGCGGACAUAUCGAAUGUCGCUGUCCAGACUCUAGAUAUCGUGACGAAUCUAUGUCCGCAGAUACAAGCGAGAUGUACGGGUGCCAAUCAAGUGUAUUCCAGUGAGCUUGAAUGUAUAGCGACGCUUUUGGCGAAACCUUUUGGCACGUUUGAUGAGACGUGGGGGGAUAAUAUUGUGUGUAGAUUGGUGCAUGUUGUUUUGACACAGGUUAGACCGGAGAUACACUGUCCCCACGUCGGCCCAACAGGCGGUAUGAAAUGCGUUGAUUAUGAUUACAACCAAGGGUAUCUCGCAGAUGACCUGGCGCUUUUCGGUAGUAAUGAUGCUUUUCGAUGUCCUGGGGAGUAGGCUAUUUAAAAACCAUGUUUGGAAUGGUUUUGGAUACCCUGAGGAUUAUCAUGUGUACGUAAAAUAUUGAUAAAGAGUUUGAUCCUUUCCGCACUCACGAGGAGGCUUUCGGCUGGCCUUCAAUUAUCGGGAUCCUAGCAUCCACAUUCUGUUCGAGAACAUGUUUUCGGAAGAUUUUUGGCCAGGCUACAGUAUAAAUACAAUAGCUCAUAUAGAAGACCAAAAUCUGUAUUGAUUGCG